GUGAAGAUAAAAAGGCCUUUCUGGGUUCCGACAUAGUGCGGCCGAACAAAUACUCCAGGCAUUUUCGUAACAGCUAACUGAGAGGACAUUGCCUUUACUACGACGUAGACAACGCAUUUCCCUCAUCAAAAUAUUCUCAGACAGUGCGUUGGCUUUUAAUCAUCACAAAUGUGUCAGUCACAGCCAACGAUGUCGUCGGAGCAUGUCGGCGAGGAUAUGGAUUGCUGCUGGAUCUGCCUCGGGACGGAUGGAAUGUUAUCGCGGCCUUGCAUGUGCCCACGCAGCGUGCAUCCCACCUGCCUUGCGCGAUGGCAGCUUCAACAGGCUGGUCGUCAGGAGGAGCGCAGUUGCCGCUUUUGCAACGCCAGUCUUCCAGAUUGGAAGUCUCAGCUAGCUCCUUCGCCUCCAGCUCCAGUUGAUCCGGUUAUGGUAGUCAGCCUGGGCGGCAAAGCGGUCAAGAUCAGAGUCAAACCCGGUCCCGAAGGCAUGGCUCACUUCAGGCAGCAAGUUCGCGAGCUGUUCAACAUUCCCUCGGAUGUCGAGUUCGAGUGUUCAUUCAAAUGCAAAGCCCCUUCUGGCGAUACAAUCCAACUUGAGGGGCUCGCUUCCUACGACGCCGCCACGCACUGCGCUUCGCUUAUGGCAGCUCAGCGUGCGGCUGCUGCCUCCCGUCGGCCACCUACACAACCCACGUCCGCACCCGCAUCCGUACCAACGCCAAUGUCCACAUCAACGGCUGUGACCCAAGGGUCAGCGACCGCCGCUACGUCUGCCCCUGCUCCUUCAUCUGCACCUGUUGCCAGCAGUGCCGCUGCUUUUGCUCACCACCAGCAGCAGCACUGCCAGCACCAACAACGCCGUAUUCACAACAGCAGCGGCGGCGGCAGCAGCGUCAGUAGCAGCGCAAGUACAGACGGCGGCAACACUGUGAUGUACGGCGACGGGCUCCAAGCAGAAGUGCCGCAACAGCAAUCGCAACAGUACUACAACACAGCCUGCCAUCAGUACAGCAACCACCACCAACAGCAACUGCUGCACACCGCCAACCACUUCCAGCAUCACCAGCCAACUGCUCCUACUCAUGCUCCUUCUCACGCCCUACCCUACCAGCUACAGCAACAGCAAUACCAGCAACCCCCGCAGUAUCCGCGGCAGCAGCAGCAGUCUUGCCACCACUUUCAUGUAUAGCGUCACGUGGUCUCAACAACUUUCCUCCCUUUAGAGGGCGUACAUACUUGGAAGGAUCCCUUUGAGGCUGAACAGAAUGGCAUCGGGGAAGGUGGUAGGCCAAAGGAUCUUUCAAUUCAUUAAUGUGUUAUACCUACCUAUAUAUAGUAUACCUAAAGUGAUUUUCUUCUCUAGUUGUACAUUCAGAUGCCAUGCCUGAGCGCAUCUUAAGCGUUAGUGCGGAGUAUUCUGGUUGGUUGCCGUACAGGGUGCGCACAUGGUGUCUUGGGGUUUGCCGUACAUAUGUCCUGUUGCUAGCAUAAAGUUGACAGUUGAUAUGUCGCUUAUUUGCUACAGUUUUCCAGUGCUUCUGCGCUAACGAUCCGGAUUUGCGUAUAGGGUGCGCUCUGUGCUGUCUUUUACCAUCCUGUAUUGUAGACUUUGUAGUACUUGCGUGCCUAUUGCCGUCAUAGUGAAUACCUUACAACUCUUACCCUGGGCAAAGAAUUGCAACAUGACGUUUUGGAAGUAGGACCCGUGGGACUGCCAACCGCUGAAACAUGCGUGUAUAUUGGACUAUGUACGAUGUACGGAUUACCCGAUGAUACGGCACCGCAAGGUACCGACAUACCUUUAGCCUGGUUGAGCUUCGUCUAGUAUAAAUAUCACAUACUGUGGGCCCGCAGUGCGCUGUGCAUUAAACGCAAUUGUCAAGACGAUGGCACUGCUGUCGUGACUCGUGAGGUGUUUUGUCACGAGGUCUAAGCGUGUUACGCUGAGUGGUUGAGGGCACCGUACCAUUGCGGUAUUCCGGGUACGUGUGCAUUUGUGCGUGUCCUAUCCCGCGUGGGCGCCUCUCAGCGCUACCCGGGGUGUAUAAGGCAUGACGUGGGGUACAUGUUUGGUUAUCCCAUGCGUGUUUGUUUUGAAGAGAGACAUCUCGAAAUAGCAUUCUACAUAUCAGGUGUUGGGUCGGGUAUAGGGCCUGCUUCUGAGUCCUGAGUUGCGGCCUGUGUUGAGUGCACCGAAUCCAGUUGUAACUUCUUUCCACGGUGCGUACGGCAUCUCUCAGCGUCCGCUCCUUCAAGCCCCCUCUGUCCACUAGCUAG